UGCUGAUUGCGGGAGUUUAUACUAUAACUACAAGCAGAGUAAUAGUAUUGUUUUGAUGGCUGUAGUAGACCAUAAUUACUGCUUUAAAUACAUAGAUGUAGGAUGCAAUGGGAGGAUUUCGGAUGGAGGGGUGUUCCGUCACUGCAAUCUAUACCAGGCAUUAGAAAAUGGCAUGCUACCAACCAACAGCUGCUUCUGGUUGGCGACAAUGCCUUCCCAAUGAAAGAUUAUUUAUUGAAGCCUUUCCCUGAUUGCCGCCUGACUAUGAAGCAAAGAGUAUUCAAUUAUCGCCUGUCACGUGCAAGAAGAGUCGUAGAAAAUGCAUUUGGAAUAUUAGCAGCAAGAUUUCGAAUAUUCGAAAAACCAAUGCCUUUUUCAAUGCCAGAUAAAGUAAGCAUAAUGGUCAGAACAUGCUGUACUUUACACAACUGGUUGAGAGUAACUGCACCGCAGCACGUACAUUCGGUCGAUGCUGAAAAUUUCGAAUCCGGUGGAUUAAUUGAAGGCAGUUGGAGGUCUUCGCAACCACCGCUUGGACUACUUCCAUUGUGUAGGACGUUAGCGAACCAUCCCACUCGGCGUUCGCAAGAUCUCCGUGAAAGACUCGCUGAAUAUUUUGUAGGAGAAGGGUCGGUCCCGUGGCAAUUAAGGAUGAUCAUGUUAAAAUCUGUUUCACAUUUUAUAAUUUUGUAAUUAGAAUAAAAAUACUUACCAAAUUA